CCAGCCCCAUGGCCCCGCUGGGCGCGGACGUGUUCGGCGUGGGGGCCGUGGCCAGCCCUGACACCUCCAUCACGCCAGUGGUCGAUCAGCGGGUUAACAUUGUUACGAGCCUGUUAGCAAUCGUGAAUGCAGCCCAUCUAACAUUAGGAAUGUUUCUGAUUUUGGGGUCCAAUGUGCGGGAGCGCGGGCCGGCGUGCGCGCUGUGGAGGGUGUGGGCGCUGCUGGCGCUGGCCGCCGAGACGCUGCUGCUCUUCUCCGUGCUGGGGAUGCUGCGCUCCGCCGGCGCGCUGCCCUGCGCCCUCCCGCUGCUGGGCCUCGUCGCCGCCGCCAUCGGCUAUCGAUUUAAAUGGCGUGAUUGCUAUUCUGAAAUCAAUGUUGAGAAGAGACACUACCAUGGGUAA